AUGGUGACAACAGUCGCGCAGUGCAGGAGGGUAGAUGUAGCAAAUAGACAGAUAAUGCACUCCUUUUUGUACAUACCUUAGAGCCCUGUACCACUGAUGGGCUGGGACCUCCUAACCAAAUUGRGAGUGCAAAUACAUUUUGAGAAUGACGGGGUAAAGAUUAAUGGAGACUGGAAGAUUAAUUAAAUAUUAAUUAGACUGGAAGAUGAAUAUAGACUAUAUGAAAAAGAGAAAGAGGGAGAAAUGCCAGAAACCCAAAAAUGGAUGAAGAUAGUCCCAGAAGUAUGGGCAGAAAAUUCAGGAGUAGGGGAGGUAAAAGGAAAGAUUCCUCUGGUCGUGGAASUGAAACCUGSAGCAUCUCCRAUUAGGGUGAAACAGUACCCUAUGACCCCCGAAGCUCGACAUGGAAUAGCUAAACAUAUUAAGAGACUGUUGAAAGCAGGUAUACUACGUAAAUGCAAAUCACCUUGGAAUACUCCCUUACUGCCAGUGAAAAAGCCRGGAGGAGAUUACAGACCGGUCCAGGACUUGAGGGAAGUAAAUAAGAGAGUUGAGGAUAUACAUCCUACCGUCCCGAAUCCCUAUACUUUACUGAGUUCGAUGCCACCCRAUAUGAAGUGGUAUAYGGUCUUAGACUUGAAGGAUGCAUUUUUUACUAUCCCCCUCACGGAGCAAAGCCAAAUAAUAUUUGCCUUUGAAUGGGAGGACCCUGAGGAGKGGUAUAAGGGACAAUUGACUUGGACUCGYUUGCCACAAGGGUUUAAGAACUCCCCUACGYUAUUUAACGAGAUAUUGCAGGAAGAUUUGAACAAUUUCCRGGAGCUGAAUCCAAAGCUGAUAUUGCUCCAAUAUGUUGAUGAUUUGUUGCUGGGAGCUAAAABGAAAGUGGAAUGUGAAGAGGGAACUAAAAGAUUGCUUGAAGAGUUAAACAGGCUGGGCUAUCGAGUAAGUGCAAAGAAAGCCCAAGUAUGUAGCCCUGAAGUUACUUACCUGGGGUAUAAAAUAUAUAAAGGAAAAAGGUGGCUAACGGGUGCCAUGAAGGAGACAAUACUUCGUAUACCUGAACCUAAGAACCCCCGGGAGGUUCGAGAGUUCCUAGGGACAGUGGGGUACUGCCGAUUGUGGAUACCUGGGUUUGCUGAAAUAGCCAAGCCCUUAUAUGAGGUCAGCCGUGAAAGACCAAAUUGGCAAUGGACAGCGGAGAUGAGGAAAUCAUUUGAGGAGCUGAGAUUGACCUUAUUAAAGGCCCCUGCGCUUGCACUUCCAGAUCCAGCCAAAGACYUUCACUUAUAUGURAGCGAGAAGGGCGGAGUUGCUAAAGGAGUGUUAACGCAGAGACAAGGUCCCUGGAAGAGAGUGGUGGCAUAUCUCUCAAAGAAAUUGGACCCAGUUGCAGCUGGAUGGCCACCAUGCCUUCGAAUUAUUGCGGCAGUGGCCUUAAUGGUAAARGAUGCYGACAAAUUGACAUUUGGCCAAAAACUGUUGGUGACUACWCCCCRUUAUGUAGAAGCUUUGCUCAAGCAGCCUCCUGAGAGGUGGAUAUCGAAUACWAGGCUAACUCACUACCAGGCCUUGCUCCUUAAUCCAGACAGAAUUGAAUAUACUUCACCGGUGGUGUUAAACCCGGCAACACUCUUACCUAACCCGAACUAUGAAGCCCCGUUGCACAUAUGUCAAGAGGUGUUAUMGGAAGUGAUAACUAUCAGGGARGAUCUGAAGGAUGAACCCUUAACGGGAGGAAAAGUAUGGUUUACAGAUGGAAGCAGUUUCAUAGAACAGGGAAGAAGGCGAGCUGGAGCGGCGGUAGUGGACCAAAAGGGGGAGGUUGUCUGGAGCCAGAGAUUGCCUGWUGGAACCUCGGCCCAAAAAGCUGAACUCUUAGCAUUGGCCAAAGCUUUGGAGAUGGCAGAGGAUGAGAGAGUGACCAUAUAUACAGACAGCAGAUAUGCAUAUGGGACAGUGCAUAUACAUGGAGCUAUAUACYGAGAGAGGGGAUUCUUAACAUCUGCAGGAAAGGAAAUUCGGAAUAAGGAAGAAGUUUUGCGUUUAUUAUCAGCCCUGCAGAAACCCAAGGCAGUAGCUAUUGUACAUACCCCAGGACAUCAGAAACAAAUGGAUCCAGUAAGUAAAGGGAAUGCGACUGCAGAUAGCGCUGCGAAAGAAGCCGCCUUAAGGGCUCAAGCAUCAGUAAUGCUAGCCACCAGUGCAUCCAGCACAUCCAUAGUGAGAAAUGAUACUGUGGAAGAAAGGACAUAUACCYCCGAGGAGGAAGARUGGAUUAAAAGAAUUAAAGGUCAGAAAAGUGAAGAAGGGGAAUACAGAGAUGCUGACGGGAAGAAGAUAAUAUCCAGAAAACUGGGACAGGAAUUAGCCCAACAGCUACAUAAUAUAACACAUUUUGGGGAGAAAAAGAUGAGAAUGCUGAUUGAUAAGUUCGGGUUGAAGUUCCAAGGCCAGAGGAAGGUGAUACAGGAAAUAGUGGAKAAGUGUCAGGCCUGCCAAGAAAUGAAACYGUCUCGAAUAAAGGAGGUACAUAAAGGAAUAAGGGAAAGAGGUGGAGAACCUGGAAGGCAUUGGGAAAUUGAUUUUACAGAAGUAAGGCCAGGAAAAUAUGGGUAUCGAUAUUUGUUGGUAUUGGUAGAUACAUUYUCAGGAUGGGUAGAAGCUUUCCCUACUAAACGAGAAACUGCRCAGGUGGUAGCAAAGGUACUUUUAGAAGAAAUAAUCCCAAGAUAUGGAAUACCCAUAACUAUUGGGUCAGAUAAUGGGCCGGCUUUUGUAGCUAAGAUUAUUCAAGAAUUAACUGAAGCCUUGGGGACAAAUUGGAAGUUACACUGUAUUUAUAAUCCCCAGAGUUCAGGACAGGUUGAAAGAAUGAAUAGGACAAUUAAGGAAACCCUAGCAAARUUGGUAAAAGAGACUGGACAAAACWGGGUUACUAUGUUACCAUUUGCUCUUUACAGGUCUCGGGUCACUCCGUAUAUUUUAGAAUUUUCUCCUUUUGAAAUAAUGUAUGGAACCCUUCCCCCAGUCUACCCAUUAAGUGUAGGAAGGAUCGGGAAAGGGACUACGGAAAUAGGGCGGGAAGUGCAGGCUUUGAAAGAAAUACAGGGUGAAUUAUUCCCCUUACUGCGAAAAUGGUAUAAAGGAAAUCAAAAGCAAGAUUUGGAGAUUGGGAUUGAGCCAGGAGAACGCGUAUGGGUAAAAAGACAUAAUCCUAAAACCCUGGAAAGUAGAUGGAAAGGACCAUAUGUUGUUAUACUCGCUACUCCAACCGCUGUUAAAGUUGAUGGUUUAGGACCGUGGAUACAYCACUCCCACGUGAGGAAAGCAUCGGAAACCGAAGUACAGGAACAAGAUUGGCAGGUUCGAUGGGAUCCAGAGAACCCACUGAGACUCCAUCUACAGCGAAGAAAUGCAAAAUUGGAUAAUGUUUUGGUUGAUGUGRGGAACAAUGGGGAUAACAGGAAAGGAAAAUUGGAGUCCCCAUCUGCCUUAUAAGUGGACAUUGGUAAGCCUAGACUCUCCUAGAAUACUUAAAACUAACAUAAKUGCAGGAGCUCCCAUGUUUAAGGGGGUAAAACUUUUUGAUUUAGUGGCACAACAUGGAACUGGAAUGUGGAUCGAUAAGCCAUAUUAUUUCUGUCCAAGUAAUAAUCCUGGGAAAAAUUAUUGUAAUGCGCCUGGAGAAUAUUUCUGUGCAUAUUGGGGUUGCGAGACUAUUGCUAUGGAAUGGAAACCUAGUAAACAAGAUCCCUUUUUAUUGUUAAUUUUUGGUCCAAUAAUUUUGAACAAAUUGGU